ACAUAGCACCGAUGAACAAAUACAUGACGUCGCGUUGUCUGAUAGACCAAAUUGUAUGUGAAUGUAAAAUAUUUUUGUGACAAAAUAUAUUUGCUAAUUUUUAGUGAUGAAAUAUACUUCAUAUUUUUUUAAAUUUUAUAUGUUUUAAAACAUCUUGUAUAUUACAGUGAGUGCGUUUAGUGCAUAUUUGUCAUUGAUACCUUAACUAAUAAUUACGAAUAAUUUACGUGUGCAUAUUUAUUUUCUUCGGUUUGGUUUUUAUUACCAUGACACAUAUUAGUUGGCUUUAAUUAUUACAAAUAUCAUGUAGUGCGUAAAAGGGGCCAUUUACACAAGCAAGAACACUUUAUAAAAAAAAGUGUGAAGCAUAAUGAGUGACGUUCAUUUAGAAGAUUUAUUCUACGAAUGUGAUCGAAAUGGCGAAGGGAAAAUUGGUCCAGAAGAGUUUCAAGAAUUAUGCGCCAAAUUUGAUAUUGAACCCAGCGAUUCGGAUGUGAUAUUUACAGAUUUGGAUCGCGACGGCGACGGACAAAUAUGCUUGGAGGACUUUGCGUGGGGAUUUCGUGAUUUUUUAUCUCCUGAUAAACAAAACAAACAAAAUGAAUAUAUACAUCAUGGGCAAUUGGAAAAGAGAAAUUCACAAGCCUGGUCAAAUUUUGUAGCUGUUAUCGGAGAGCCAGCUUUAAAAAAAUUAUUCCAUACGAGUGGAAAAAAAUUAGCGGAUUUGUACAUGGAAAUUCAGAAUUGUAGUCCAUCAUCAGAACUAAUAACGCAUUUUGAGGGAGCUUUGAGUUCAUUAAUGGAAGAUGUAAAACGAUUACACGAAGAUAAUGAAAAGCUUGAAAAUAUGUUUAAUCGUGAGCGUCAAAUACAUCUAACAAGACUGCGGGGCUUAGAAGAAGAAAUAGAUGCGCAAGUUGCAAAAGUUGAAGCUCAAGCUAGAGACGAGGCAAGAGAACAAUUUGAAUUUGAAAAAAAAGAAUUAAUGAAAAAAAUGGAAGCCGAAACAAUAGAAUUAAAAACACAUUUGAAAUUGUUUCAGAAGGUGAACACUGUGUUAAGCCAAAAAAAAGCGGACAAAAACGAUUUGGACGAGACCAUAGAAGAGUCAAGAGAACUUAGACGUAAAUUAAUUGAUACCCAAACUAAUUUGGCAGUGGUUCGUACGGAAAUGGAAAAACUUAGAUCCGAAUAUGAAAUUAAAUGUGAGGAGUUUAACAACAAAACACAAGUAAGUAUCGAUCCUUUGGAAGAACAAAGUGGAGCACAAUAUACUAUAAAACGACUAAUGGAUGAUAUUGACAGCGGACGGUCUACUCUUAUGGAAUCAAAUAAUUAUUAUCAAAGAGAUCUACAAGAUGAACUCUCAAGUGCAUCUUCAAUCAAUGCACCUUAUCAUUCAGCAAAAACGAUAGAAUAUGAAGAAAUGAGUUUAUCUGGUCGUGAUUCACAAAAUAUGAUGCAAUUUCAUACACCAGCUAGUGCAAUGAGUAUAAGUAGUUAUGAUAUGAUGGGUAAUGAUCCAGAAAGAACAUAUAAAAUUGUAUUCGCCGGUGACGCAGCUGUUGGAAAAACAUGUUUCAUACAUCGUUUUUGUAAAGGCACCUUCUCCACAAAACUUGGAUCUACUUUAGGUGUUGACUUUCAAGUGAAAACAAUUAGAGUUGAUGAUAGAAGUGUAGCAUUACAGUUAUGGGAUACAGCUGGACAAGAGAGAUUUCGUUCCAUUACAAAAGCGUAUUUUCGAAGAGCAGAUGGAGUCGUUUUACUUUAUGAUGUAACGAAUGAAAAAUCUUUUAUCAAUAUUCGUCAAUGGGUUUUAUCGAUCACGGAAGUAUCUGAUAAACAGUUACCGAUUUGUAUUUGCGGUAACAAACUGGAUUUAAGGCGUGAGGCAGAGUUGCAAGGAUUGACUUGCGUGUCCACAAAUCAUGGUGAACUUUUGGCAAAGGAUUACGAUGCAGCAUUUUUCGAAACUAGUUCCAAACUAGGAACAAACAUUAACAAUGCAUUGAUUACGCUAUGCAGAGAAAUGUUGAUUAGAGAAGAUGUUGACAUUCAAACGUCUGCUUUAUACAUCGCAGAACAAAAACCUAGAUUUAACCCGGGUUGCUGUUAAUAAUUACACAUAUUUAUUUACCUUAAAAAUCUACAAUUAUAUUAUUUAAAUAAUAAAACAUAAA